AAAACUUUUUGAACCAGGCAAGAACAAGAUGAAGAUCUCCGCUAUCCUUCUCGUUGCCGGCGCUGCUCUGUUGGCCUUCACCGCCGCGGAAGAGUCGUCGCCCAACGAACGCCAGUUGAGCGGCAGGGGCAAGAGCAAGAGCAACCACGAUUCUUCAUCUUCUGAUUCAUCUGGCGAUGGCUGCGCGGACCCGGCACAGGCAAUCCUUGACCUCUUCGAUUGCUUCGAGGCCGAGGAUGUUCCUUGCGUGGUUGCUGGCUACGCCCCAGGGUUCGAGACUUACCACAACGAGAACUUGGCUGCCACAGACCUUCAAUUUACCGAGGAGUUUUGGACCCUCAGUCUCUUGGUGCUGGACUUUGACUUCGACGUGAAGUUCUACAAGAACCUUGGCUCUAAUCAAGCGACGGUACGCUACGUUCAGACCGUGACGACCACUGACGGGGUGAGCGUGGGGGCCCCGUCGUCUACCGAAUACCCUUUCAGCUAUGUCCGGCACCAGCACGAGCAUGUUAUUGCGACGCUCAACGACGACUGCCAGGUGGAAAAAUGGGACCAGUAUGGCGACAACCAGGAGCAAAACGACGUGUUCGACGCAACCAACGCUGUGAUCUGCGUUAUCGGUGCCUCCGGUCUCCCCAUCGAGGAAUGUGACGUUACUCCCCCGGAUGAACCCGAGGUCGCCCAGUGAGGUGAUCGCCAAAGACCGGACUGAACUAUCUGCUUUGACGCAUGCGGUCAUAAGGGCCGUGUGU